AAGGAGAGCGAGAGCGCAGUUGUCGGCUGCAGGUCGCUCCGAGAGGGACGCGCACAGCGGUUGAGGACACAAACACUAGAGCCCGUCUCUAUUCGAUAUUUUACUGCUCCAAGUGCGAGUCUGAUUGUCUGCUCAUCUCCACCCCGGCUUUGUCUUCAACUUGGGAAAUACAAUAAUCCGAAAAGAGUCAGUUUGAAAAGGACAGACAGCCCCCUCAGCCCUUGGCCCGACACCCUAGUGAUGCUUAGCUGCUGCAUCCCAGAGGCCCACCUUGGCAGUUAGAGGAGAGGUCAUCACCAUGACAGCGUCCUCGCAGGACUCCACCCCCUUGUCUAUGGCCAGCCUCUUUCUGCUCCUUCUCCUCCCUAGUGUUUGCGCACAGAAUUCUGCGCACCCAACGACCUCAUCCCUGUUGUUGUUUGACCCACUGACCCAACCAGAGUGCACCAAGAGAGAGCAUCCAAAAGUCACCAUCCAAGCACUCAGUCCUUGGAUUUCCACAUUCUCCCACCCUGGUGUGAGAGACUACUCCCAGCUCACCCUUGACCUGACCAGGAAUGAGCUCAUCGUGGGUGCCAGAAACUACCUGUUCAGACUGGACCUCAGUAACAUGUCACUGAUACAGGCGACAGAGUGGGCACCGGACGAGGAAACCAGGAGGUCCUGUCAGAGCAAAGGCAAAACAGAGACUGAAUGUCAGAACUACAUCAGAGUCCUGCUGGUGAACAAGACGGAGGUCAUGACCUGUGGAACCAAUGCUUUUCAGCCGCUGUGUAUUAGCCGAGAGGUGGGCAACAUGAGCAGUGUGCUGGAACGGGUGAACGGUGUCGCUCGUUGCCCCUAUGACCCACGACACAACUCCACAGCGGUGGUGACAGAGAGUGGUGAGCUGUACGCUGCGACGGUCAUCGACUUCUCCGGCCGAGACCCCGUCAUAUACCGCAGCCUGGGCGGCAUGCCCCCUCUACGCACUGCCCAGUACAACUCCAAGUGGCUGAAUGAGCCCCACUUCAUCUCAGCCUACGACAUUGGCCUCUUCACCUUUUUCUUCCUGAGGGAGAACGCAGUGGAACACGACUGUGGAAAGACGGUCUACUCCCGAGUGGCACGAGUCUGCAAGAAUGACAUCGGUGGGCGCUUCCUCCUGGAGGACACCUGGACCACGUUCAUGAAGGCAAGGCUCAACUGUUCGCGCUCCGGAGAGAUCCCCUUCUACUACAAUGAGCUGCAGAGCACCUUCUAUCUACCAGAGCAAGACCUCAUCUAUGGCAUCUUCACGACCAAUGUCAACAGUAUUGCAGCAUCUGCAGUGUGCGCCUUCAACCUGAGUGCCAUCACACAGGCCUUCAAUGGACCAUUCCGGUCCCAGGAGAACCCUCGAUCCACCUGGCUUCCGACACCGAACCCCAUCCACAAUUUUCAGUGUGGUACCAUAGAUGAUGAGGGCCCCAAUGAGGGUUUGACGGAGCGUAGCCUGCAGGAUGCCCAGAGGCUCUACCUGAUGAAUGACGUGGUCCAGCCGGAGUCUGUUGAUCCACUGGUCAUGCAGGAUGACGUCCGCUUCUCCAACUUGGUUGUGGACAUUGUUCAGGGCAUGGACACACUCUACCAUGUUAUGUACAUCAGCACUGAGUAUGGCACUAUUCUGAAAGCACUGGCUACACCCAAUAAGAACCUACAGGGAUGCUACCUGGAGGAAAUGGAGCUCCUCCCUCCUGGAGUGCGAGAACCAAUCCUAAGCCUCCAAAUUCUACACAGCGACAGGUCGCUCUUUGUUGGACUCAAUGACCGAGUCCUAAAGAUUCCACUGGAGAGAUGUUCCACCUAUAAAACUGAAACGCUGUGUUUGGAGGCCAGGGACCCCUACUGUGGAUGGGACUUCAGGCAGAGACGCUGCACCACACUGGAGGACAGCUCCAACAUGAGCCAGUGGAAGCAGAACAUCACAGUGUGUCCGCUGCGGAACCAGACGACCAAUGGUGGUUUUGGACCCUGGGCACCAUGGCAACCGUGUAACAACGACGACGGUGUGGAAGGUGUGAGUGCCUGCUUAUGCCGCUCCAGAUCUUGUAACAGCCCCACUCCUCGCUGCGGAGGCAAGAACUGUGAAGGCCCCACCAUCGAAGUCUCCAACUGCUCGAGAAAUGGAGGCUGGACGCCCUGGUCGUCAUGGGGACAGUGCAGUACAACCUGUGGUACGGGCUUUGAGCUGCGCCAACGCUCUUGCAACAACCCAUCACCCAGACACGGCGGCCGGGUUUGUGUGGGACCAAGCAGAGACGAAAGGUUCUGUAACGAAGGCGUGUCCUGUCCUCAGCCCAUAUUCUGGUCCCCGUGGGGCUCCUGGACUAAAUGCAGCACAGAGUGUGGUGGAGGCGUACACUCCAGGGUUCGCACCUGUGAGAACGGCAACAGCUGCCCGGGAUGUGCACUGGAGUACAAAGCCUGUAACCUAGAGGCAUGUCCAGAGGUGAAGAGGAACACACCCUGGACCCCCUGGAUGCCCGUCAACGUGACCCUGGGGGGUGCCCGUCAGGAGCAGAGGAUGCGCUACAUGUGUCGAGCCCACCUGUCUGAUCCCCACGAGCUGCAGAUUGGACGGAGGAAGGUGGAGACGCGAUUCUGUCCCAAUGACGGGACAGCAGCCUGCGAGACCGACACCCUGGUCGAGGAGCUCUUAAAGACGCCGGUGGUCAGAGUCGCGGGCACUGGCUGGUUGUCAUGGGAGACCUGGUCGAGCUGUUCCCAGAGUUGCGCCAAAGGAUACCGCACCCGACGGCGAACAUGUGCCGGACCGGAGGGGAAGAGCGCUCCAGUGGCCUGUCGGGGAUCUCCAGUUGAGUACCAGGACUGUAAUGUCCAGGCCUGUCCUGUGAAAGGUACGUGGUCCUGCUGGUCAUCGUGGUCUCAGUGCUCAGUGGGUUGUGGCGGUGGUCAUUACCAACGCACUCGCUCUUGUAACAGCCCUGCACCGGCCAACGGAGGAGACAUUUGCAUCGGACUGCACACCGAGGAGGCCCUGUGUAACACCCACACCUGCGACGAUGGUUAUGCUGCACGAAUGGAACAACUGGUGGAGACAGAGCAGAAUGUCGGUGAACACCAGACUGAUAGGAAAGGUAAAAGAGGUGGCUGGAUGGCCUGGUCGCUGUGGUCAGCCUGUGAUGAUUCAGGCUUACAGAUGAGGAGUCGGGUGUGCGGUGCUCAGGGCAACACCCCCUGUGUGGGGAACAGCACUCAGCGCCGAGACUGCAAUGAAAUACCUGUCAUUCUCCCUGCAUCUGGCUUUGAUAAGGACCAACACUGUGGAGCAUUCACCUCCAUCCACUUGAUCGCCACUGGCGUCUCGUGUUUCCUCGGGGCGGGCCUGCUGUCCUUCCUGAUCUAUGUAUACUGUCAGCGCUUCCACAAGCCAUCGCAGGAGUCCGCCGUCAUUCACCCCACCACCCCCAACCACCUCAACUACAAGGGCAACACCACACCAAAGAAUGAGAAGUACACGCCCAUGGAGUUCAAGACACUCAACAAGAACAACCUGCUGCCAGAUGAACGCUCCAACUUUUAUCCCACCCCCCUCCAACAGACUAAUGUCUACACGACCACCUACUACCCCACAGCACUCGGCAAAUACGACUACCAGCCCAACUCCUCCCCUUCGCCCUGUAGGACCUAUAACCACAGCAACAACAGCUGAGACAUACUCCCCCCAUCCCUGAGCGGCUCUCCAACCCCCUUGCCACUGCCCCCAAAAAUGCUCAACACCCCCCCACACCCUUCCCCCCAACGCCAUGGCGACAGAACUGCAAUACCAUGAACUGAAAUGUCUCUCGGAGCUCAGCCAGGGUCAUCCGUUCGCCAUCCCUUUUGUUUUCUUCGCUCCCGUAGUCUCUUCCACACGGCGGAGUCUGUAUUUUCAAGGGUGUUUUCUGGAACUUUCCAUUCGGGUAUGUGGGUUUGGACGACAAUGCCUGUGUACCGGUGCAGUCAGGGGUUUUGUACAACCAUCUGGGGGUGUGUUAUUCUAAAGGCCUGACUGGAUAUAGCAGUGUCAACUCAGAGCUCUACACAAGGCUCCAGUAGAAAACUUCAGCUUCGGCGGAUGAGUCACGGCUUCAAACAGAUCAAGAACACCUCGGCACCGGUGGCAGAUCCAGCAUCAGACAAGAACAUAAACCCAACAAGACAAAAUAAAGACAUUUUGCUGAAUCGAAGGAACCAUUUUACACCGCACGGUUCCAGACCACAUCCUCCAGCCUGUAAUAAACUCCACUCUCUCAACGACUAAAGCAGUUACUGAGAACAAACAGGGCAUAUCGUCUGUCCUUGCCACAUAACAAAUCUCGAGCGUCAGAACAACAAAAGACAAAACUCAAUAAAGUCAAUGAUGAAAUAAAUUAAAGAUCAAAAUCAGCUCGGGUGUGUGGGGCGAACGCACGCCCUCCAUUGUUGAGAGACUUCACAUGACGGGAAAGAUAAGAUGUUUUUGUGGAGCAGUCGUGUGGGAUCACAGUGCUCAACAUCAGCACGAGCAGGAAAGGAACGAAACUUUCCAAUGGACGCGAAGAAGGACGUUAAACUCUCAAAGUCAGAGCAAGAGGGGGAUUGUGGGAAGCGGCGUGAUCUGUACAUAAAGCUCUGGAAAUGCCUUGGGUGCCUGUACACAGUAGAAGGCAGGGGCGAGUGUGUUUUCUAUUUUUUUUUUUGCUUAUUUUUUUCGAAGAACAAUAAAGACUUGUAGAAAGGAAUUAAUUGAUUCUCCAAUUGAUUCUUGUGUUGAUUCUACUGAGUGCUAAAUAGCUCGGUGGUCAUAUCAAAUAUGACCAGUGCGCUGAACGACUGGAUUGGGUUUUGUAUGAUGAUAGAAUAAGCUAGUAGACUGGCACUUAUUGUUUGUUUUUUUUUUUUUAAUAUUUGGUUUUUUUAAGAGGUUUGUUAUAUGCUCAGACAAGCCGUAGCAUAGGAGGACAUAUUUUGUUAAAUAAAAUAGCUAAUUAAUUCUUGUUUCUGUUCACUGAACAGACGCAUUAUUUUGUUCUUGUGAUUCUUCAGCCAUUUGCAUCUUCAAGACAUAACACAAUGAUGAAACAAUAUUAAUGAUAUGGUUUUUAAGGAGAAUGUCCCUAACAAUACAGCAAUUCGGCCUGGGUUUAAAAGAAAAACAACUGAAUUGAAGCUUGCCUUUGUAAAAAUUCAUCUGAGUGCAUGUGUGUGUGGAUACUGUACAUGCCAACACAUGUACUCUGUAUGUUUGAGAGGGGCAACUGUAUUUUGUACAAUGUAAAUGCUUUCACAUGUAUGACUUAAAGAGGAGGUCUGUAAAGGCGUUUGUACAUUUCUUUAUUCACAUUUGGUCACUGGCACUUCAGACAUCCUACUGUUGUUUUUCUAUAGUUCAUGUAUGAGAUGUUAAUCAUUCUAAGUUAAAGAAUUGCCUCUGGUUCCUCUGGAGGAGGGAGCAGACACUAUUUAUAGUCAAAGCUUGGUAUAUAAAGGGCAUUUUCACAGCUAUAUUUUAUUAUUAUUGCCUGAUCGAUGAAUGCUAACCCAGCGACGCUUUUCCGUUCAGCUACUGUACAUGCACGACAUGAGAGCUCUAUCUGUAUAUACGAGCGACAGCCUUCUGCAGCCCAAUAAUGACCCUGAAGAGGAUUGUGUAAAUGUAUCUGUAUAUUGUAUAGCUAACACUGUUUGUUUAAAUAAAAAAAAGCCUUAUAGUUGUUUAAAACAAAAAAAGUGCAGCAGCUAAGUACACACCGAUCAUGAGGUUUGCUCGGGGACAGAGCUCCACAAUGUGACCGCCCACCCGACCCCCCGUGGUUCUGACCUUGGUUCACAGCUGCUCAAACAUCAGACUUUGAGAAACACACAAAACCCAAAACACUGAGAUGAACUCAGAGUAGCACUGACUCUACGUGAAGUAAUACACAUCUUGGCAUUCUCUCGCGUAAGGUGGCGAUCCGACAUUGAGAUUUGAUCUAAAAGUCAUCUGAUUGGUCAGUUUCGAGCUCUGUCCCCUGCAAUGUGAGGCUCUGUGCCCUUCUAUGCAACUUACCAGGUGUACUGUUAGACCUGUCAUGUAGACUGUAAUCACUGCCUUUUAGACACUGUGAAUUUUUGGUACCCUAUAUUUUUGUAUAUUGUACAUUAUAAAGGAUAAUAAACCUUGAUGCCAACACA